ACCAAAUCAAAUCGACCGGUGCUUGAUAUAUUAUAAGUCUGGGUCAACUCCCAAGAGCAAGAAGCUUUAUCUACAUAGCUCCUUCAUUGUUUGCCUGAUUAUUUACAAGAUCCAAUUCUAGUCCUCCAAGUUCUGAGUAACCUAGGGACGAACAAUGGAGGAUGGUCUAACUGAAAUUAGGGAUACAAACGAACCAACAUAUGAUCGGCGGAGAGAGCUUGAAGCUUUUGAUCGCACCAAGGCAGGUGUUAAAGGACUUGCUGAUUCUGGGAUCACCAAAGUUCCAAGAAUUUUCCUUCAUCCACCAGAUGAAACUAGAAAUAUACCCAAAUCUGUGAACCUCCAAUCUGCUAUUCCAGUGAUAGACCUUGCUGGUGCGGGAAAAGCACCGAUCUUGCAUAAAGAGAUAGUUGACAAGGUUCGAGAAGCAUGCGAGAAAUGGGGUUUCUUCCAAGUGGUUAACCAUGGUAUACCAAUUAGUACUCUCGAGGAAAUGAAAGCUGGAGUUCAUAGGUUCUUUGAUCAAGAUUUUGAGAUUAGAAGACAGUGGUAUACUCGAGACGUCAAGCAAAGAGUGGUUUACAAUUGCAAUUUUGAUUUGUUUAGUGCACCAACAGCUAAUUGGAGGGACAGUAUUUAUUGUGUUAUGGCUCCUAAUCCUCCAGACCCACAAGAAUUGCCUCUGGCCUGCAGAGAUAUUCUGAUAGAGUUCUGUAAAGAAGUCAUGAAAUUGGGAUCUACUUUGUUUGAAAUAUUAUCCGAGUCCCUUGGACUUGAUCCCAAUCACCUGAACAGUAUUGGAUGUGGUGAAGGCCUUGCUUCCCUGUGCCAUUAUUAUCCUGCAUGCCCUCAACCAGAGCUAACUUUAGGUACCAGUACGCAUGCUGAUAGUGACUUCCUGACAGUGCUGCUACAAGAUCAUAUCAGAGGCCUGCAAGUCCUGCAUCAGAACCAAUGGGUUGAAGUUCCUCCAAUUCCUGGAGCUCUAGUAGUAAAUGUCGGAGAUCUUCUCCAGCUCAUAUCAAAUGACAAGUUUAUCAGCGUAGAGCACAGAGUAUUGGCAAAUAACGUUGGGGCAAGAGUCUCAGUGGCAUGCUUUUUCAGAAACUUUGAUAUGUCACCCUCUGCGAAGUUAUAUGCACCAAUUGAGGAGCUACUAACAGAAGAGAAUCCACCGAAGUAUAGGGCAACUACUGUAAAAGAAUAUGUGAGCCACUUCAACAACAAAGGGCUUGAUGGAACUUCUGCUUUGUUGCAUUUCAAGCUCUAGACUUGCAAACAGAACAAUAAGACUAGCGUGUGGAUCUGUAAGAGAAUAUCAAUUCAUGAAGCCUUAAACUGGGAGUUUAUUAUGUCUGUUGAAUGCAUUGCAUGCACCAGAAAUUGGCAAAAUAAAUUCUGAUUGAUGUAAUCAAAGCUGUUUAGUAUCCGGAAGAUGUUUUCAAGCUUAUGCCAUGAAUUCACGGAGUUGAAUUCCUCUGUAUGAUCUGUUUCCAUUUCCCUCUUCAGACAAUAUGUAACGUGAAUUUCAGAUAAGAAAAUCAGAAGCUUUUAUUCUGAUGAACAACUUAUUAAUCUUUA